UCUCCACUAUCAUUCAGCUGAAUGAACGGCCCCGCACAGACAGCACCGGGCAUCGGCUCUCUAGUUACACAGCCCACCGCGUGACUGCAUCUGGUCGCUUGUGCCGUGGUGACAGCGACAGGGGAUUACUAUUAUCUUGCAGCAAGUGUUUCUCCGCGACGAAGCUGGAAGAUCAUGCCCCCUAGAUAGCAGCCUCAUCCUCCUCUCCACUCCCCCUCCCUGCCCCUGGCCCCUUCCUCUACCUUCCUGGUCCAGCACCAUCACUGCCACCUGUGUCACCACAGCCACCAUGCCCCCCAGGAAGAGGACGCGGCCGGGCUUGGGUUUCCUGUGCUGCUUCGGCAGCAGCGAGCCCCCGGAGAUCAACCUCAAGGACAGCGUGCCCCUGCAGCUGCUGGAGUUCAGCGCCCCCAUGCCGCCCGCUGAGGAGCUGCAUGCACGUUUCUCCGAACUGGUGGAUGAACUGGACCUUACGGAUAAGAACAGGGAGGCCAUGUUUGCUCUUCCCAAUGAGAAGAAAUGGCAAAUCUACUGCAGCAAAAAGAAGGAGCAAGAGGACCCCAACAAGCUGGCCACUAGCUGGCCCGACUACUACAUUGACCGCAUCAACUCCAUGGCUGCUAUGCAGACCCUGUUCGCCUUUGAUGAGGAGGAAAUGGAAAUGAGGAACAAGGUGGUGGAAGAUCUGAAGACAGCAUUGCGGACUCAGCCAAUGAGGUUUGUCACACGCUUCAUUGAGCUGGAUGGCCUCACCUGCCUUCUCAACUUCCUGCGCAGCAUGGACUACGAGACGUCCGAGAGCCGCGUCCACACCUCCGUCAUUGGCUGUAUCAAGGCCCUGAUGAACAACUCCCAGGGCCGCGCCCACGUCCUGGCCCACCCGCAGAGCAUCAACACAAUCUCACAGAGCCUGCGGACAGAGAACAUCAAGACCAAAGUGGCGGUGCUGGAAAUUCUUGGAGCAGUGUGUCUCGUGCCCGACGGCCACAAGAAAGUGCUGCAGGCCAUGGCACACUACCAGAAAUACGCUGCUGAGCGGACUCGCUUUCAGACGCUGUUGAAUGAGCUGGACAAGAGUACGGGCCGCUACAGAGACGAGGUCAACUUAAAGACUGCCAUCAUGUCCUUCAUCAACGCUGUGCUCAACGCUGGAGCUGGGGAGGACAACCUUGAGUUCCGCCUCCACCUAAGGUACGAGUUCCUGAUGUUGGGCAUCCAGCCGGUCAUUGACAAGCUCCGAGAGCACGAGAACGCCACUCUGGACAGGCAUUUGGACUUCUUUGAGAUGGUGCGGAAUGAGGAUGACUCUGAGUUGGCCAAAAGAUUUGAUACGACCCAUGUAGACACUAAGAGUGCCGGUGCCAUGUUUGAACUGAUCAAGAAAAAGCUGAGCCACACAGAUGCCUACCCCAACCUCCUCUCUAUCCUCCAACACUGCCUGCAGAUGCCCUAUAAACGUGGCGGGGGCAGCCUGCAGCACUGGCAGCUCUUAGACAGGAUCCUUCAGCAGAUAGUCCUACAGGACGACAAGGGGGAGGACCCUGACAACGCCCCUCUGGAGAACUUCAGUGUUAAGAACAUAAUUCGCAUGUUGGUCAACGAGAAUGAGGUAAAACAGUGGCGAGACCAGGCAGAGAAGUUCAGGAGAGAUCACGUAGAGCUGCUAGCUAAACUAGAGAGGAAGGAGCGGGAGUGUGAAACCAAGACCCAGGAAAAGGAGGACAUGAUGAAGACUUUGAACAAAAUGAAGGACAAACUCCAGCGUGAGGGAGUGGAGCUGCGCUCAGCCAGGGAACAAGUCUUGGACCUGUCCUCACGCAUCAGUGACAUAGCCGGCGGCAAUGUGUCUUUCCCGCCUCCUCCUCCCCCUCCUGGCGGCCCCGUGCCACCACCUCCACCACCGCUGAUGGGUGGCUUCCCUCCGCCUCCGCCUCCGCUACCAUUCAGCUGCCCACCUCCUCCACCACCUCCGCCUCCACCUGGAGCACCGCCUCCUCCGCCGGGAGCCCCUCCAAUUUUCGGAGCCCUGCCUCCUCCUAUUCCAUCGUCAUUCAACUCAGCGACCACCUUGCGCUCCAAGUCCAUCCCUCAGCCUUCUCAUCCCCUGAAGUCCUUCAACUGGGCCAAACUAGGAGAGAAUGUGAUCAAUGGCACUAUCUGGAAUGACAUCGAUGACCUGAGAGCUUUCAAGAUUCUUGACCUCAAGGACAUAGAGAAGAUGUUUUCAGCCUAUCAGAGACAGCAGGACCUGCUCACUAACCAAUCCUUCAAACAGAAAGAGAUGGGCUCUAUGGAUGACAUCUACGUCAGCACGCGCAAGGUCAAAGAGUUGUCGGUCAUCGAUGGUAGACGGGCACAGAAUUGCGUCAUCCUGCUUUCAAAGUUAAAAAUGAGCAAUGAAGAGAUCAAGAGGGCGAUCCUAGAGAUGGAUGAGAGAGAAGAGCUAGCCAAAGAUAUGCUGGAGCAGCUUCUGAAGUUUGUGCCAGAGAAAAGUGACAUUGAUCUCUUGGAGGAGCACAAACAUGAGCUGGAGCGGAUGGCCCGGGCUGAUCGCUUCCUCUUUGAAAUGAGCAGAAUUGACCACUACCAGCAGAGACUGCAGGCUCUGUUCUUUAAGAAGAAGUUUGCAGAGCGUCUCGCUGAAACCAAGCCUAAGGUUGAAGCCAUCCUGAAUGCAUCUAAGGAGGUUGUCCGGAGCAAGAGGCUGACUCAGAUCCUGGAGGUGGUGCUGGCCUUCGGCAACUUCAUGAACAAGGGCCAGAGGGGCAACGCCUACGGCUUCAAGAUCUCCAGUCUCAACAAGAUCGCUGACACCAAGUCCAGCAUAGACAGGAGCAUCACCAUGUUGCACUACCUGAUCAUGAUCUUUGAGAAGAAUUAUCCCGACACGCUGCAGAUCCAGCAAGACCUCAACAGUGUACCAGAGGCCGCCAAAGUCAAUUUGGCUGAGUUGGAAAAAGAGGUGCACAGUAUCAAAAAUGGACUGAAGGCUCUAGAGGCGGAGCUGCACUACCAGCAGAGCAGGACGAGGGAACGUGGGGAUAAGUUUGUGGCCGUGAUCGGUGACUUCAUCACUGUGGCUGGCUUCAGCUUCUCUGAACUGGAGGACCAGCUGAGUGAAGCCAAGGACAAGUUUACCAAAUCUCUGAAGCACUUUGGGGAGGAAGAAAGGAGGAUGCAGCCUGAUGAGUUCUUUGGGAUCUUUGACACCUUCUUGCAGUCCUUCAAUGAAGCGAGGCAAGAUCUGGAGAACAUGCAGCGACGUAAAGAUGAGGAGGAGAGGAGGGCACGCAUGGAGGCCAUGCUCAAGGAGCAGAGGGAGCGGGAGAGGCGGGCCAAGAAGAGCGGGGCCUCAGACGAGGUCGGCGGGGAGUUUGACGACCUGGUGUCGGCACUGCGUUCCGGUGAGGUCUUCGACAAGGACCUGAACAAGUUCAAGCGUAACCGCAAGCGCUCCGUCAACCAGCUGGUGGAGGGCGGGGGUCGCGAACGAGCUGUCACCAAGGUCAACUACUAGGUCGGGAAAAGGAAGGAAAAAACACUAGCCACCUAAAUUCUGCCGUGGCGUGGACCUCUGAACACCUGUCCAGUCCAGGUCCUCGGACAGUGUCCACUGACAUUGGAGAGGAUGUAAAUAAACGGCUGGACUGGACAUGAAGCGACAUGUAUGAGCAGCCACGCUGUUUGGAAGGAUGCAACACUCUCCUCUGGUUGGUCUUGUAAAGCUAUUUCUAAGCCCUUUGUCUUGGGUGUUAUGAUCUCCUGAGCUGGACGGAGGACAGUUGGGAUCGAUGGAUGGAUAGAAAGACAGACAGACCACUGUGACACAUUAGCACACAUCUUUUGAUCACAUCCUUCUAACACUGUGCUCAAGCUUCCAGCUCUCCGUCAUCCCCUGUUUUUUACUGCUCUUUUUUCUCCUCACAACCCCUUCGCUGUUCCUCUUGAAGUUCCUUGGUCCUGGAGCAGUCCUAUCUUUUUGCUACCCGGCUCUAAAACACACAGGAAAUUGGGAUCAGCCAGUCACACUGUACAUAGACACGAGGCCAAGAGAAAGGAUUGGUUUGAGGGAAAAACGGAAAAAAGAAGUUGGGAAGGGCGGACUCAGCCAUAACCCCCACAGUCAUGGUUGCUUCAAGUGUCCUCCAGAGCAGAAUAGAUGGAAAUUCAUGAACCUCCUUUACUGCAAAGAAGGACGUGCAGUCAGCCAAUCCCAGAAUGCUUUGUUGGCUUCUGAAAGAGUUAAGAAGGAUACACAGAGGAUAAAUCCCAAUGGGCUCUACAGCACACAGAAUUCCCAGGGAGGACGCGUGUACAUCCUGAGAUGCCAUUUCACAAGAUACAACUCUUCUCAAGGAAAAUAAAACUUUUACUCAGCUUGAUCCACCUGACAAAAUGAUGACUGUGCCACAAGGGUUAAGCCUCGCCUACACUCUUCAGUGGCUUCAACAUUGCUCUGGCAUUAACCAGUGCCAAAGCAAAGAGAAAACAAAUGUAAAUGUAUUAAUACAAAAUAAUACUGCAAUUAGGCGUUGAUAUAUAUUUAUAUUUAGAUGCAGACAAGCUAAUUGCAAAGAUGUAGAGGUUUUUUUUAUGUUUUCAUGGCAUUUGGGGGUUUUGUACACGCAAUGCAUUAUUUGUUGGUGUUGCAAGUUCACAUUGCUGUUGAAGUGAAUUUCUAUACAUUUUGCGCUUUAUGUAAAAAAGACAAAACCUUGUCCUUUUCACACCUGUAUGUCUUGUUUGCACUCUAGCUUUUCUGACAUGUGUUUAGAGAUCUCCACAAGCAGAUCUACAGUGUCCUCUGGAGGGAAAAAAAGUCCUCUCUGUACUUAAAUGACACUUAUCUAUAACAAAGAUAAUGAAGGAACGCCGUAUAUGAAUUUAAACUUAAAGGCACAAUCUGCAAUAUGUUUACAGUGCUCACUCUGCUCAGCUGUCAACUAUAAUCCAGACCAUGUGGACUCUAUGCCAAAAGGCUGCUGUACAGCAGUUCCCAUUGGGCCAUUAAUGACUCAUCCAUAGUAUCUGCAGGAUCUGUUCCACUGGUGCUAAAACGUGUGGUCUCUGUACGGAGCCAUCAGUCCAGUCGAGGAUUUCUCAUGUUGAACAAGUGCUUGAUUACUCUGUUACCAGGAUUCAGGCUCAUCAUACGGUAGUUCUGUGUUUUUAUUUCAGUUGGCAUGUGAUGAGUCUGUUAUUGCGAAUUCAAGGUACAACAAAACAGGUAAAGGGUGUGGAGAUUCCUACAGUGGCUUGAUGCAAAUGUUUAGGGUUCUUUAAUGGAAGACAUUGAUGGGACAUUAAGAGGAAAACUGCAGCCUCAGAGAGCAUGAUAGAAAACGUCCAUCUUUCCCUCCAGCAUCUCUCUCACCUUUGUUUACAUAUGCCUAGACCCAGUUAUUAUUGGCUGCUGCUAACUAAAACAUUGGCAUCAGGCAUGACAAAGGUAAUGUAGGGGCUCGCCUCGGUACAACAUUUAGAUCUACUUCUUGAUGAUGGACAUUGAGACACCAAGAGGGCUCUAAUCCUGGGGUGAGGGCCCCGCUGUGGAACGAGCCCCUCCUGGUGAAUUCUUCGGGAGAUGAGGAAGCCGAAAGGUUCACACUCAAUUUUGGGAGAGAAAAUGAAAAGAGGGACCCACUAAGAACAAGAAUCAUUAUGCCACAUAGGAAUAUACGUCCUCAGGUAGAGGGUGACAUAACGUUCAUAUCAAAUAUCCUGGUAAUCAGCUAUUUCGUUCUUGGAUCACCCAUUUCAGGCAUUCCAUCAGCGUGCAUGGUUACUAUAGUAAAGUAUAGAGCCAUAUGUGAGGGAUCCAGAAGUAAAGUAGGACGGCUCGACACAAUAAGCACUUUUAUACAGUAGUGUUACAAAACUCAAGACAAAGACAGUUCCAGAUGUCAGUGUUUAUAUAACUGACAGCGUUUCUGGACAAACUGACAGACCCAUCACUUCUUACACCCACUAUUGUAUGUCAUGAUGAUCUCUGCAGUAGUAAUGGCCAUACCAGUUACUUUUUUUUCCUUCAUUUUCUCAGCUGCUCUUGUACGCAUUUUCGUUUUUGCCUUUAAGUGCCUCUGGCCCUGUUUUCACACAUGCAUUCCUAUUGUUGUGUUUUAUUGCUCAUGGCUUUCCAGAAAAAGUUUGUCAGUGACAGCUGGAUUUAGACUAAUUGGCGCCAUCUAGUGGCUUCUGAUGCACUUUGUGUUAUACCUGACAUCACAAGCAGCUCGAAGCAGAACUAGAAGAACUCACCAAAGUCUCCUAACAUUAAGUCCAGCAGGUGAACUUAAGUGUGGCUGGCAUGUCAUCGGUGAGGUUCACCUGUACAGACACAAUCCCACUCCCUCUAGUCCUAAACCACAAUAGGUCAUGUCACAGAGACACCUGAUCCUACCAGGAGUUUAUUCCUUUAAUUUUUACUCCGUCUGAAGCAGAAGAGAAGCUGAUAGGAGGUUGAAAAGGCGAUGUUAGUGCAGAGAGGGUCUUAGAGUUCCCAUGUCCCACACUUGAGAGAUUAAACGGUAAACCAAAUAGAUUAAAAAAGUCACUUUGAAAAAUCUGAAAACUGUAUGAAGUCCUAAGGGGGAAAUGACAUAUGAUUGCAUAUUCUUUAACCAGCAUCUCAUGUAUAUUUGAGCUAUUCUAUUUCCUAACCUCUGCUCCUUUUUCUUUCCAGUUAAUCAGAGUUAGUAUAUCAGACUUUGGCAGACCCUUUAAACUCUUAAUCCAGAGCUUUAACCCGUGUAGUAGUGCAGACUAUUUACUGAGGGGUACUGCAACAUUGAGUAUUAUUACAUGGUUAUGUUGAUACAUGUUUAGAUGUUUAUUUGGCCAUUGACUGGCUGAUUUUGGAGUGUACAGAUGGAAAUCAGAGGAAUGAAAUUAGUAGCUUGUUCAAUGCACUUUUAUUAUGGGACAUUUUCAUUUGCAGCGCCGUUUUAAGGGCUUAGAUUAUUCGAGAAAUGAGAAGGGUGCAACAAAAGAGUGAUGUAAAAGGAAAAAAAAGAAAAAAAAAAAGAUGGUGUGAAGAAGAAAGACAGAAAAGGGGCAAGUGAGGGCGGGAACUCCGGCUGGGCCGCUGGAAACACAUUAACAGUCUGUUGGAUGGCAGAGACGGAAUUUGUGAGGACACGGACACAGAGGUGACACUCGUACUUAACAGGAGUGUAGUUUUAAAUCCUCACCUGUCUGCGUCACCUGCUUUGGUGUGUAAAAAUAAAAAAAGAAAAGAAAAGAAAAAAGAAAAAAGAAAAAAAGGGGGGGGGGGGGGCCUUCGGACAUCACCACCACCACAUUUCUGUCAAAUCAUGCACUUAGCAUCGACCUGCAUGCAUAAAGAAGGGUGCACAAAGUGUGAUGUGUUGACUUCAACCUUUUUAGAAAAUUGCUUGCAAUGGUGAACGCACCUGUUACACGGCAGUUUGUACUGCCUGAGAAAAGUUUUCAUUUAGAGGUUGUGUAAUUGUGAGGAGUCAGUAUUUUUAUGGUUGGAAAAAAGUAUCCUCCACCGAAAGAUGUACAGUUGAAAAAAAAGCAUUUUGUACACCAUUCUUGAUGUUUGACAUAAGAUUUAAAAAAAAAAAAAAAAAGAUUAAAACAUUGAGGAAUGUUGCAUUUUCCUGUAAAUUGUACCUCUAUUUAUUUGCCUUAUUUAGUUUGCUAUAUUUUGUAUGUACACACAGCAUUACAACAAAAUGUUAUAUUAAAAUAUGAAUAAUUAAACUGUGGUCUGUGUAUGAUGGGUAGUUCUGAGGCUUGUAUAAGAAUGAGAAUCUUUUUUUUUUUCAUUUCUAUUAAUUUUAUUUUUGUUUUGUUUCUCUCACCCUGUGUCUUUUGUAGGGUUACAAUAAACCUUUGUCCCUAA